AUAAAUCUUCAGGCUUCCCCGGACAAUUCAACAACGGCCGCUAAUACCAGCAGAAACAACACCAUGGGUAUUAGCCCCAACUCUAUCCUCAAGGGGCGCUUUUUAUAUCUCGAUCGCUGAGCCAAAGAAGAGCAUUUCCAAUCACCCAGUUCCCUCGGAGACUAGUCUGGAGAUGGCCGGAACGCGCUUUUAUAUUUUUCACAGUCAGCUAUGACCCUGAUGUCCACGCAACCACACCCACGCAGCGCAUUGCGCACAGAUGGGCUGUAUCAGAUCUGGUCGACGUUUCAUCUGCUUCCCCACGUCGUUGAAAGCUUCCCAGGAACAGCCCAUCCGGACGAUCCGGCCGCUCACUGGUAUGAUGACGAGGACGUGAGGGGCACGGGAUAGCCCCAGCUACCCAAAACGGCCUCUACCACACCUCUUCUCCACAGACUUGGGAAUCCGGGGUCCAUCUCCAAGGAAUUGCGAUGGAACUGGCCGCGCGUACACUUGACAAUACCCUUUGUUUCCUCAUGGUUGGAAUGUCGGCCCUUCUUGACGAUUAUCUCCUCAACGGGACAAACGGGUGAAGAUAUCGGAAAGCCUAUCAGCACAGGGCUGAAGGGCUCAGUAGCGAGACAUGCUAACAUCGACGCUAAAUAUUUUCCUGGGUCGCGAUGUCGCAGAUCCUCAACGACAGAAGGAAGGAGAAGCUGCCAAAGAUCAAUGACCCCGAUAUGGACAGUGGCAUCCGUCAUGAUCCUGGUCCGCCAGAUCCUCAACUUUGCCUGCCUCUCUGCCCAUCGUUUCAGUCUGAACGGUGAAGAGAGAGCCAAGGCGAGUGAAAGAGAUGGCACGCAAUGCAUCUCACCCGCCCCCUCUCUCAAGCCAAACCGGGCCCCCAGUUCCCGGCUCCUCUGGGACUCUGGGAGGGAUGAUCGAUGAUGAAUUGGACAAGUGACUGAUGAAGGAGUCCGGUUCCAUCUCCGGAACCUCUUCUCUUUCUGUCUUCUUUUCCCAGUUGUGUAUGGUUCACUAGUUCGGGCUUGGGUCUCGCUCCUUCCUUCUUUCCUUUCUUUCUCUUCCCUUCGUCCCUUCCUUUUCCUUGACCCCUCGCCCUCUUGCGGGCAAUUUUAUUUUAAACUUUUCUCUUCUUUCUGUUUUUGGCACAUUUACCUACCUUAGCAGGCAAGGUAGUUGCCACUCGGCCCCCUCCCUCUUCGACACCAAGAACGCAAAGAACAAGUCGCGCCGGCUCGGGCCUUGGCCUACGUCCACGAGCUACCCACACUGCCGCACGUCGCGUUCUUGGGAAGGAGGAGUUUGCUCUUACUACCUUUUUAGGUCCUUGCGGUUGCCGAGUACAAACGGGUUUGCGCUUUUUGCUCUUUUUCUGAACGUCUGUUCGCCGGCCGCUAUCCUGCUGCCCUUACCAACCACUCGGGACCUAAGGAGAGACAGGGGACCUUGACGAAGGGGGGCUUACAUAUAGUCACUCACUCUUUGGGGUUUUUUUUUUUUUUGGUUUUCUUUUUGGUUUUUUUUUUGGUGAAGUUGUACCUCAUGCUGCCAUUAUAGCAACUACUGCAAUAAGCGGUUUCUUGGAAGAGAUUGUUGGGUUUGUUUAUGUCGUUGGUUGUUCGACUACAUUUUUAUACUCGAGACCAUACACUCAUUCUCUUUUCGAGAGCAACGGAAGGAUGAAGACAGCCACUCCUCUUUUGGUUGUUGCAGCCUUGCUUGCGGGUCAGACGAUAGACGCUCUCUCUUUGCCAUCGACGACGCCAACACAACAACAACGAAGAGAUGGAAGUGGACCGAGGGUUGUGGGGAUGGAUUUUCAGAGGAGAACGCCCAAGAACCCAUUACAUCGAGAUCAGCUAAGAAAGAGAGGGAGCGUGGAGGUCGAUUUGGACAAUCAGGAAACCCUCUACUUCAUCAACGGCACAAUUGGCACCCCACCAAAAUCCCUCCGUCUACACCUCGACACCGGCUCGUCCGACCUCUGGGUUAACACCCCAUCCUCCUCCCUAUGCACCCAGUCCUCGGCGCCCUGUAAAUACGCCGGCACUUACUCGGCCAACGGCUCAAGCACGUACGAGUACAUCGGCUCCUGGUUCAACAUCUCCUACGUCGACGGCUCCGGCGCCUCGGGGGAUUACGUUUCCGACACCGUCACUUUUGGCGACGCCACGCUGGACAGGUUGCAGUUUGGCAUAGGAUACUCGUCCAACAACGCCCAGGGCAUCCUCGGGAUAGGGUACCCGAUCAACGAAGUCCAAGUCGGCAGGGCAGGAAUGAGACCUUACAAUAACCUCCCCGCGCAAAUGGUGGCCGAUGGGCUGAUCCAAACAAACGCUUAUUCCCUGUGGCUGAACGACCUCGACGCUGACACGGGGAAUAUUCUGUUUGGCGGUGUCGACACGGAAAAGUUUGUUCCCCCGUUGAUGUCCCUCCCGGUGGAAUCCGAGGCGGGGGUGUACGCCGAGUUUAUGAUCACGUUGACGAAAGUCGAGCUCGGCUCGGCGCAGGUAGGCGGCGAUCUCGCCUUGGCUGUGCUGUUGGAUACCGGCAGCAGCUUGACGUACCUCCCCGACCGGAUGGUGCAAGAUAUUUUCGACCUUGUCGACGCGCAGUACGAUCCUGAGGCUAACGCGGCGUAUGUUCCUUGCUCGCUUGCCGACAAUGAGACUGCUUUUUUGUCGUUUACGUUUACGGAGCCGACGAUCAAUGUGGGGAUGGAUGAGCUUGUGCUCGACCUUGUGACGAGCUCGGGGAGGAGGCCGGUUUUUAGUGACGGGACGGAGGCGUGCCUGUUUGGGAUUGCGCCGGCGGGGGAGGGGACGAAUGUGCUGGGGGAUACGUUUUUGAGGAGUGCGUAUGUGGUUUAUGACUUGGAGAAUAACGAGAUUUCGUUGGCGGCGACGAGGUUCAACAGUACGAAGACGAGGGUUGAGGAGAUAGGGAAGGGGGAGGGGGGGGUGCCGGGGGCGACGAGGGUGGAGAAUCCGACCAAGGCGACGGAGGGGUUGGAUGGGCCGAAUGGUUUGGGGGGGAUAAGUGCUGGGAAUAGGAGGGAUUUGGGGGUUGGGGUGGUGUGGUUGGUGGCGGGUAUGGUGGGAGUUUUGCUGGUGGUCUAAGGGGUCGUAUCUUUGCAUUUUGAUGGCGUUGUUUUGGUGGUCAGGGGCAGGAUCUUCUGGUUUUCUCGAGAGGGGAAAUGGGCGUGGCGUUUGGCUUGGGUAUGGGUUGGAUUUGUUUGUUGGGUAGGCAGCAUUUGAGGGUUUUGCAUAUACAUUGGGUGUGGGAGAGGGGAGGUAGAUCAAGUGAAUUCAAG